CCGUGGUGGGCUUGUGUGUGUGUGUGUGGUUCCCGCCACCACUACGGUGUGUGAAGAUGGCCACUCUCCAGCCCAAGGAACAGCUCGCCCUCGAUGGGGCCAGCGAGCAGGGCUUCCUCGCCUUCCACCGCGGCCUGCCUGAGAAACCAAACACUACGGUAAGAGUGUUCGACCGUGGGGAAUACUACACUGUGCAUGGCCAGGAUGCCCUGCUGGCUGCACGAGACCUCUUCCGCACCAAUUCUGUGGUCAAACACUUGGGUUCAGGCAACAAGAAGUUGGAAUCUGUAGUGCUGAGUCGACUGAACUUUGAGUCAUUUGUGCGGGAUCUUUUGCUGGUCAAGCACUACAGAGUGGAAGUGUAUAAACAGAAGAGCUCGGCAAAAAGUGACUGGGAGGUUGAAUAUAAGGCUUCUCCGGGUAACUUGAGUCAGUUUGAAGAAGUGCUGUUUGGGGCUAACAAUGAGCUUACAGUUACAACAGGUGUCAUGGCUGUCAAGCUAGCCACUGAAAAUGGCCAGAGAGUUGUGGGAGUUGGGUAUGUGGACGUGUCAGGCCGGCUAAUGACUGUGUCGGAGUUCAAUGACAAUGACACAUUCAGUAACCUGGAGGCUCUGGUAGUGCAACUGGGGCCUCGGGAGUGUCUUAUUCCUUUGGGGGAUAUGGGCCCAGAUGGCACAAAGCUCAAGCAGGUGUUGUCUCGAAAUCCAUUGCUUGUUACUGAAAGGAAGAAAGCAGAGUUCAACAAUAAAGAUGCCACUCAGGACUUAAACCGCCUCUUACAUACAAAGGGUGGAGAUGCGUCGACUACUUCGGCACGUCCAGAAAUGGAUCGUACUAGUGCCAUUGCUGCGCUGGCUGCUGUCAUAAAGUACCUUGAGCUCCUUGGGGACGAGUCAAACUUUGGCCAGUUUACAAUGUCCUUGUAUGACCUGAGUCAGUAUAUGCGACUCGACAGUGCAGCAGUUCGGGCAUUGCACGUGGAACCCCUUGGGAGUGGGGAACUGUCUGGUGCUGCUGCUAAAACACACACCAUUCUUGGUCUUCUGGAUAAGUGUCGCACUCCGCUUGGUCAUCGCCUGCUCUUACAGUGGCUUAGACAGCCAUUGGUAGACAUCAACAAGAUUGAAGAACGACAGGACUUGGUUGAGGCCGUAGUUUCAUCAGUAGAGCUGCGUCACAGUCUUGGGGAAGAGCAUCUUCGUCGUAUUCCUGACCUGAAUCGCCUGGCUCGGAAACUGGCACGCAAAGCGGCCACACUCCAAGACUGUUACAAAUUUUAUCAGUGUGUUGAUCGAUUGCCAAAUUUGUGUGAAGCUAUAGCCAAGUAUGAAGGGCCUCACAUAGCCUCCCUGGCAGCAGUCUUCACAACUCCUCUUCAGGAGCUGCUGUCAGACCUGUCAAAGUUUCAAGAAAUGAUAGAGACUACUGUAGAUAUGGAACAAGCCGGUCAGGGAGACUAUGUCAUCAAGCCAGAUUUUGACGAGACACUAGGAGACCUGCGAGAAACGAUGAAUGGCUUGGAAACAGAUAUUCAAAAUCAGUUGAAAAAGGUGGCAAAUGAUCUUGGUCUUGAUGCCGGAAAAAGUGUCAAAUUGGAGUCCAAUGCUCAGCUUGGCUACUUUUUCAGAGUCACGCUUAAGGAAGAAAAAGUGCUGCGUAACAAUAGGAACUACCGGAUGAUUGACACCAACAAAGCUGGAGUACGAUUCAGAAACGGUGCCCUUCAAGAUCUGAAUGAUCAGCACAUGGCUUCACGAGAGGAGUACAAUGAACAGCAAAAAACUGUUGUUGACGAGAUCAUGAAUAUUGCAGCUGGUUAUGUUGAAGUGAUACAAAAUCUAGGUCAUGUGCUGGCUACUUUAGACUGUAUUUAUGCCUUGGCCUCUGCUGCGGUAUCUGCACCCAUUCCUUACAUACGACCCAAACUCCUGGCUAGGGGAUCUGGUGUACUAAAGCUGGAAGGUAUUCGUCAUCCAUGUUUAGAACUACAAGAUGAUGUCUCAUUUAUAGCAAAUGACUGUAAUUUUGAUAAAGAUAAUGGAAUGUUCCACAUUAUCACCGGCCCAAACAUGGGAGGUAAGAGUACUUACCUGAGAUCAGUUGGAGCAGCUGUGUUGAUGGCUCAAGUCGGCUCAUUUGUUGCCUGUCAAGAGGCAGAAAUGUCUAUUGUUGAUAGUAUCCUGGCUCGUGUGGGUGCUGGAGACUGCCAGUUGAAAGGGGUUUCAACUUUCAUGGCAGAAAUGUUAGAGACCGCUUCCAUUCUUCGGUCUGCAAGCAACGAGUCCCUCAUCAUUAUUGAUGAACUCGGCCGUGGAACUUCAACAUACGAUGGGUUUGGAUUAGCAUGGGCGAUAUCGGAGCAUAUAGCUAAGGAGAUUGGGUCAUUUUGCUUGUUUGCGACACAUUUUCAUGAACUGACAGCACUUAGUGAUGAGGUGGAGACAGUGAAGAACUUCCACGUUACGGCUACCACCGCUCAUGGUGCUCUUACUCUUCUCUAUCAGGUGCAGCCAGGGCCUUGUGAUCGCAGUUUUGGUAUCCAUGUAGCAGAAUUGGCCAAUUUCCCUGCUAGUGUAAUUGAGUAUGCCAAGAGGAAAGCUGGAGAACUGGAAGAUGAUUUUGGUGAUGAUGAUGAUUCUGAGGAAGCUGUCAAAAGGAGGAAGUCAGAGAAGCAGGAGGGUGAGAAGAUAAUAGAGGAAUACCUUGAAAGGGUAUCUUCACUUGACACUGAAAGCAUGACUGAAGAAGAGGUACAUAAAGAAGUCGACGCAAUGCGGCAGGAAAUUUUGGCUCGUAACAAUGCAUACCUGUCCCACCUCUUGAACAGGGAGACUUGAGCAACGUGUAUUCAAUCUUUCUAAACACCAGUAAACACACCCAGAACAUUUUUGCAGCCUUAUCUCUGAAGUGUAAGUUUUUCUGUCCCACACAAUUCACCCGUGUCUUAUUUCGAGCUGCCACUCAAAUUUGUCAACCAGUCCUCUAAUUAUAAUAUGUUCUAUUAGUAUACACAGAAUGGUGUCCUCAUAUAGUUCACAUUUUGUAUUAUUGGCACACCAACCAUAGUCCAAUAAUACUAGAACCUUCCCCCCCCCCCCAAAAAAAAAAAAAAAAAAAAAAAAAAAUUUUGAGAACAUGUGGCAAAUUUUAUACUAGUUCCUAAAUGUUACACCCAAGGUAUUUUCAGUAUUCUUUAAUCUCUCUCUCUCCAAAAAAAGGAAGAUAAAUGAAUUUUAACAUUAAAGUACUGUACAAAGAAGGCGACAAAAGAUCCACUACAUGUGUAAGUGUAUUAUUAAACUGAAUUUUCAGAUGAACCAACAUCCUUUGUUCAAACCACCUUGAUAAAUAUUCUAAUUGCUUGUGUUUCUGGCAGGGUUCUUCACGUGGUAUCCUUCAUUAGACAUCACUCCCCAGGAAUUCUCCAGUGGAUGGAGAAACUUCUGAUGAAUGAUCAGAGUCCUGGCUUCUGGAACUGUUGGCAAGGUAUUGCAAGAUUAAUAUCCCCACUCAAUACCACAAGGUCUGUGCCUUUUUUUUUUAAUGAAAUUAGUUAACUGCAAAAUUAUUCUCAAUUUAACUUUAUUUAAUCAGAUCUAUUUUCAGUAAAGGGCAACAAACCUUUAAAUAAUCUAUAAUUACCCCUUUUAUUAGGCAUAUCUCUGAUAUUUGAGCUUUUGUGCACAAUUCUGUAUUUAAAAUGAAUCGUGUGAUUGAAAUCCCAACAAUCAUUAGCAAUGGCAUUAUUCCUAGCAAAUUUUGUUAUGGCUUGUGCACAACAACACAUUUUAAUAACCCACUACUGGUCUCCAACAUAAAUUGCAAUGUUGCAAACACCAUUACCUAUGUAGUUCUUAGUGAUGAUGAUGAACCAUGUAGUUAAUGGUACUUCUGAUAAAUUGCAAGUACUGUACUGCAAAUUAUCACGUUAAAGAGUUUUCGUGGCUUAUUAAAAAGGGUUGACGAAGGCAAGAAGGCAAUAAACAAAUGUUUAUGGGAAUAAUGCCAGUGUUGGCAUUUCAAUCACAGGAUAGAAUUGUAAAACAACAACUCAAAUAUCAGAGAGAUGCCUACUAGAAGGGGGUAAUUAUAGAUUCCAUAGACUGUAAAGGGGAAACAAAUCUUUUAAUAAAAGUACUUGUUCCUUGGUGAAUCGUAUACCUUUGAUCUCUCAUCUUGUGCAUUUUUGUUCUCAUACUUAGUACCUUUGAUUAUCCUGUGACUUUGAUGAUGCUACAAAGUCUCCCCAGCUUGGUGUCUUACUUUGGUAAUUAAUUACUUUACUAAAAGUAAAAGUAAUUAUCAAAGUAAGACACCAAGCUGGGGAGACUUUGUAGCAUCAUCAAAGUCACAGGAUAAUCAAAGGUACUAAGUAUGAGAACAAAAAUGCACAAGAUGAGAGAUAUCAAAGGUAUCUGAUUCACCAAGGAACAAGUACUUUUAAUAAAAGAUUUGUUUCCCCUUUACAGUCUCUGGAAUCUCUAAUUACCCCCCUUCUAGUAGCCAUCUCUGAUAUUUGAGCUGUUGUGUACAAGUCUAUGAUUAAAAUCCAUAGCAAUUAUUGCAAUUUAUCGCAAAUACCAUUUAACUACAUUGUUCUUAAUGGUAAUAAUAAAAACCAUGUAGGUAAUGGUGUUGGAGAGACCAGUCGUGGAUUAUUGAACACAAACCAUAACAAAAUUUGUUAGGAAUAAAGCCAUUGCUAAUGAUUGUUGGGAUUUCAAUUACAGAAUUGAUUUUAAAUAUAGAAUUGUGCACAACUGCUCAAGUAUCAGAGAUGCCUACUAAAAGAAGUAAUUAUAGAUUACUCACAGGUUUGUUGCCCUUUACUGAAAGUAGAUCUGAUAAAUUGAGACUAGUUAAUUUUGCAGUUAAAUUAAGUUUAAUUUCAUUAUAAAAAUAAUAAGCACAGACCUUAUGGUGAUUUUGUCCUCGCAAUACCUUGCCAACAGUUCCCAGAAACCAGGACUCUGAUUAUUCAUCAGAAGUUUCUCCAUCCAUUGCAGAAUGCCUGGGGAGCGACUUCUAAUGAUGGACGCCACACAAGGCUCCUGCAAGACGUAAAUGAAAGCACUUUAUGAAUGAAUCUUUACUUAUAGUACAAUUAUUUUUUAAAGAAUCUAGGUUUGUCUGAAAAAUUCAGUUUGAAUGAAGAAAAUAUGUAUUAUAAAACACUGCAGUAUUGUAGUAAGCUUCUCAACUAAGCACAUUGUGAUUUUUGUAAUAAAAAGUAAAUACAAUAAAUAAA